AUGGAGGUGCCGGGCGGCACCAACUUCACGCACCGGGCGGACCUGGGCUACUGGCUGGCGGAGUCGCACUGGGGUCGUGGCAUCAUGACCGACGCCGUCGCCGCCUUCGUUCGCUAUCUCUUCUCCGACGACUUCGCGACGCGGUGUAACGGCGGACAGCCCAUCAUCAGGCUUGAAGCGCGGGUGUACGCACACAACGCGGGAUCGGGUCGAGUGCUGGAGAAGGCCGGGUUCCAGCUGGAGUGUAGAGAGAGGCUGGCAUACAUCAAGCAGGGGCAGUACCUCGACGGUUUCAAGAUGAGGACGCCGGCAGAGACGCAGCAGUGA